AUGAAGACUCGAUCAGCCCCAGUGUCAAAGGCAAAGCCUGAAGAUGAGACUCAGGCUAAAACACUCGUUGCUGCAGAGAAACCAAGCAAAACGUUCAUCCUUCCGUCCUCGACGAGCGACAAUGCGCGACUCCUCUCCCUGCCAGAUCCCCAGUCGGGAAAGUUAACGCGCUAUUUCUUCUGCCCGAAUCGCGGUAUAUACGAAUUUACAGUUGUUGCACCCCCGGCGCAUCUGGCGCGAAGUAUCCUGUUCGCCCCUCACCCGCGCAAAAGCCCGAACUCAUCGGAAGAAGAGAAAGAGGAGACCGAGCCCCCUGUGCAGGCCUCAAUCACGAAGAAAGCAGAGUUCCUAGUGGCAACCCCAAUUGAUGCGAUGUUUUUCAUGGUUCCAUUGUUAGCGCCUUCUCUGAAAUCAGGCCGUUCUCUUUUUCAGCCAUUUGACGACAUAAUCGACUCUCAAGACGAUAUGCCCAAGCAUCUACGCCAAGUACUUUAUGACGUUGAAUUCCGGAGCUCCCUCCUAGCACGAGCGGAAGCUAUCAGUGAAGUGGUCGAGGCUGGGGAUGAAAAGAUGUUCCGGUUCAAUGAGACGAAGCUGGUUCAAGAGUUAGUCACAAAGGCAGAACGCAUGGCGGAUCGUGGUCUUCCUGCGAGUCUGGAAGAACGCUUUGUUCGUCAGGAACUAGCCACACCCUUGAUGUCAGUCAAACGAGAAGAUGUUGCGACUAGCCAGGAGCCAUCAAGUGAGAACCAGGAAUCGGUCUCGAAAUCCGAGGAGAGGCAGGAUUCACCCUCGACUGUGGGUACAACUGCGACACCAUCUGUUACGACACCUGCAGGGGAAUCGACGCCCGUGCCAGAGCCACCGAGCGAAGAGUCGACAGUCCCAAACCAUAUUACUCGGCUCCUCCGAAUUUCCACUGCACUGUCCUUCAUGAAGGAAUCAUAUCUACCCCCUGCCAUGGCCGCCAGACUAGAUGAAAUCCUCGCUUCUGCAGAAAGCCCGAUUGAUUUUAAGCCGCUGCAAGACCAUCUCAAGAUGAUCGCGGACCUUCGUGCUCAAGCGCUUGCAUCACGCGACAUGUCGAACUUCAGUCGGAAACGAGCCCUUGAUGACGAGGAACAGGAUACACGGGAGGAGAAGAAGCGCCGCAAGGAGGAGGAGGAGAAAAAGUCCAAGGCUGCGGAGUCCCAAGCAGUGAAGAAGCUGAAGAAGGUCAACACGAGCGGCAUGCAGAAAAUGAGCUCUUUCUUCGCGAAGGCUGCACCCAAGAAAACUUGA